UUCCCGUGGACACCGCUUAAAAUACCUAACGUGUGAAGGAUGAUAAAACACGUGAUGAUUGAGAUAAAGCCUUCCUGACCUUGGCGAGGCGGUUGACGGAUUUACCAAGGGAUCUUACAGAUGCCGUGAUCGACGAUGUUUUGAAAACAACCGCUGGAGACGAGAAAUGAGAUUUUCCCUGAGAAUCGUCACAACAAGAACCAUCGCAAACGCUUUCUUUUGGAAUUUUCGUUCCCUCUACCGACCCUUGUCUUCAAACGAGAUGAGUAGCCGUCUGUUCGAGGGCGCAGAUCACGCCAAACUGUAUGCAAAGUACCGGCCAACCUACCCAAACGAGGUUUACAACGAGCUCAAGAGAUAUUGUAAUCAUCCGGAAGCUAGCGGUUGUGACAAAGCUGUGGACGUUGGUUGCGGGAAUGGUCAAAGCACUGUUCCCCUUACCAAUAUAUUCAAAAUUGUUUACGGAAGGGAUAUCAGCGAAAAACAGAUAUCAGAAGCAGAGAAACACGGACCUGGUAUUAAUUACUCAGUUGGUACAGCAGAAGAUCUCAGCUUCCUUGAAAAUGAUACAGUAGAUCUUGUGACCACCGCACAGGCUCUGCAUUGGAUGGAUAGACCACAGUUUUACGAGGAGGCGAGGCGAGUUCUCCGCCCGGGAGGUGCCCUUGUGGUUUACGGAUACGGGAACUGUACAUUAGAUAAAGAAGAGGCACAACAAAUAGUGUGGCAGUUUUACCAGCAUACUUUGGACGGAUAUUGGGAUAAAGAGCGACGCCAUAUUGAUGAUUGCCUAGCAACAGUCGAACUGCCAUUCAAAGGAUGGUCGAGACUGGACACGCUGAGUAUCAACCGAACCUGGGAAGUCGACUCGUUCAUCGGCUAUUUGUCAUCAUGGUCCGCAUGGCAAACGUUCGUAAAAAGCCAUCCCAAGUCAUCUGUGUUAGAGGAUAUCAGAAACAAAUUAAAGGCAAUCUAUCAGGAUGAGGAUUUACAGGAAGUGACGUCAGUCAGAAUAACGUGGCCCAUUUACAUGCUGUUUGGAAGAAAACCAAAGGACUCACAAACCAGUUAAACGUUCUACAUCAAUAACACAUCAGAUACAAUAUUUGUAAACAAAGUGAUCACGUGUUGAGUUUGUUCCCUCUCGCUUACUCUCAAUUCAGGUAUCAAAUAUUCCCGCGUGACGUAGUAAAAACGGGAAUAAUUGUCACUUGUACUAGAGGCUGGCGAUUAACGUGCUAUUAUCUACCAUAUUUAUUUCGUAUUUGAAAUACAAGUUUUCAGAUUUAUACAACUAUGUGCUGUAUCAUCACUUACUGUAUUUUCAUUUUUUCAAGAUUUUGUUGUUAUUUUUCCGGUGGUCCAGUCUGUAUUCCGAGGGAACUCGGGUUUGGAAGUGCUUAAGUUAGUCCCGGCCAUAGGACACGGCUUUCCGAAUCGAAAACCCAUUUUGUCCUUGGUGUGCAAGCUGAUUUUUGUGAUCGGUAAACUUCAUUGAAUUUUAGCAAAGUUCAAUCUUGCAUCAUAUUGUGCAGUGUGCUAGCAUUGUUUAUCAAGUCCUUUGUCCAAUGUUCAAGUUCAAGUUCUUUAUUACUUUAAACCACAUGGUUUAUCAGUAUAUAAUUACAUGUACAACAAGUUCUCACAGUCCUCACAAACACUCACACACCCACACUGAUCCACACCCACCCACUCACACUGAUCCACAGACAAACUCUCACACACCAAUCCACACAUGUACACUACAGCACAUACACACCUAUACCCACACACUCACACUGAACCACACAUAUUAACACCGGUCGGUUACAUCUAGAAUAGUGUAGAGGAAUAUCUCUCACACUUCAAUAAUUAAGUACAUUGUUUUCACAAAUUACAAAUUCUGCCAUGGAAAUUACAAAAGUGCAUAGGGGAUUACAAACAUGUUGUAGUUAUAUAUUCUAGACAUUUAUAUAUCAAUAACAUAUAUAUUAGCAAAUUGCUCAAUACUAAGUAAUUUCGAAAAUACAUUCAACACUAUUUAAUAUUCAGCCUAACAUUGUAACAGGCGGUCUCGUUUCUUAUUACUUAAGGAAAUGAAUUUCGCCAAAUUGGCCAUAUCUUUUAUGUUAUCAGUGCACAGUAGUUUAAUAAAUUUAUACAUGCUUGGUCUAGUAAAAUAAUAUUUUUUUAUGAACUUACUUCUCAACUCUUUAAAGCAUUGACAUUUGAUUAUAAAAUGAAAUUCAUCUUCUAUAUCUCCGUUAUUACAAACAUUACAUUUCCUAAGGUUACGUGAUAUAUUGUUAUAACGUCCAACCUCUACUUUUAACUUAUGUGAUGGCAUCCUUAUUUUAAUUAUUUCUUUUAAAUGUUUUGAAUCUAUAGGCAUUGCUAAGUACUUUUGUAGACAAAAAUUAUCACUCAAAUGCAUAUACAAAGCACACUUGGAAGAAGAUUCAAUCUUUUCUCUGCACUCUUGUUGAAAAAUAUCAUGUAUAUUAAAUUUAACAAUAUCGAAAUCUCUAUCACUCAUACUGUCUUGAUACCACAUAUAUCCUAAUCCCAUUCGGAAUAGUUCAUUUCUGACGUAUUCACAUAUCCCAUUCUCAUUAUAUAACGUUUCUUGAUAACAGGCUUGUAAUAUACAAUUGUCUGAUUGUUUUAAUUUAAACCAAUAUUUGAUAAUUCUUAACUUGCGAAUAUUACUUAUUGGUAUUCUUCCUAAUUCAUUAUAUAUCAUACAAUCUGGUGUGCACUUCUUGACUCCUAAUAAAUUCUUACAGAAUUUCAAGUGUAAUUUUUCUAUAUCGGGUGCUUUGUGCAUUCCCCAUACUUCGCAACCAUAGUUUAAAAUACUGGCAACAUAUAUAUCGAAGACGUGAAGCUGUGUUUCAACAUUGAAAUAAUUUUUCCUACAUACAUUGGCUACAGCGAAAAGUGCUUUUUUACCUUGUUCGGCUAACUUUUCUUGAGUUUUUCUGAAUUUUCCGUUGUAAUUUAACAAAACACCCAAGUAAUUAAAGUUAUCAACGUUAUCUAAUUCGUGACCAUUAUAAAACCAUUUGUCACUUGACCUUAAUUUCCCCCCGUUUCUAAAAACUAACACCUUAUAUUUUAGUUUUAUCUGUAUUCACUGUUAAACCCCAUUCAUUGGUGUAAUUUAGCAAUGCAUCUAACAUUUGUUGCAAGCCCUCGGGUGUUUCAGCUAACAAUACCAUAUCAUCAGCAUACAUUAAUAAAAAUAGGUUUAAUGUUUGUAAUUCGAUAGAAGGGCAUUCAUUAGUUAAAAAAUUCAUUUCACAGUCAUUUACGUAUAAGGAAAACAUAAUCGGAGACAAACUUUCCCCUUGAAAUAAUCCAUUUUUACAACUGAAAAAUUCUGUCAUGAUGUUAUUAUAUUUCACACAACAUUUCACAUCAUUGUACAAUGACCGUAUAAUAUUCAACAUUUUCCCUGUCACGCCUUUGAUGAGUUUAAACCAUAAAUUUUGCCUGUUUACAAAAUCAAAUGCUUUUUUAUAAUCUAUAAAACAACAAUAUAAAUUCUUUUUGUUUCUAAGCGUCUUGUUGAUUACUGUCUGAAGAGCAAAUAUAGCAUCAACUGUUGACAUAUUUCUCUUAAAGCCAAACUGAGCGUCACUAAUCAUUGAAUAUAUCAUAUCAAAAUCUAUAAGGCGUUUAUUUAAAAUUGAUGUAAAAAGUUUAUCUAAGCAACUAAUUAAUGUGAUGCCUCGAUAGUUAUUUGUAUCAUUCCUGUCGCCUUUUUUAAAGACCGGAACUAUAUUGCCAACAGACCAAGAUUUUGGAUACUUUCCUGACUUAAAAAUAUUAUUAAACAAUUCGACUAAACAUGGUAUAAGUACAUCCUUACCUUUAAGGAAAUAUUCAUUAAUGAGUAAGUCCCUACCACAAGCUUUGGAACUAUGCAGAUUAUUAAUAGAAUUUAAAACUUCUCCUUCAGUAAAGUCACAGUCUAAUUCUUGAUACACAGAACCUGCAAUAUCACCAUCAAAAUAUGUAUCUAAAAAAUCGGUAACCAUUUUAUUAUCAGGUAAUUCAGUGGAAGAUAAUUCAUGGAAAUGCCUGAAGAACGCUUGUUCGUCUAAGGAACAAUUGGAUUUACUUGUUUUAUUCCUUUUCUGAAACGUUUUGUAAAACAUUUUUGGAUUACUCCUUCUCAUGAAGUUCAUCAUAUUGCCCCGCUGAGUUUUGUAUUCUCUUUUCAAUUUGUAUUCUAGUUUUUUAUAUGCUCGUUUUUUACAUAAAAGAAUGUAUCUAUUCCCCUCUGAUUUGUCCGAAUUGAAAAUACUCAAUGCCAGUUUAUAUUCAUUAUAUCUUUGUGCACCUGUGCACCUGCUUGUAUUUGUAUAUAUACAUAAAUUGUUGUUCAUGUAUGGUAAUUAAAUGCCGACCGUAAACACGUCCUUCGGCGAGCUAACGAAAACAAU